AUCACUCGGAAAACACAACAGAAUCACCAUAGACAGAGUCUCAUCAUAAGCGGCUGUUUCAGGACAGUUAUAUCAAUAUUGCAUGAAGUGCACCUGGAUGCAAAACUAAGAUAUUCCACUGGACUUGCAAUGGAGUCACAACAACAUUCAGGAGGCUUGGCCAGUCUGAGGAUAGUGCUCAUUGGCCCAACUGGUUCAGGCAAGACUGAAACUGCCAAUGGCAUUCUGGGUAGAGGGGCUUUUCCAGAGUCCACAACAACAGUCUGCGAGGCUCACAGCGGUGAGGUUCAGGGGAGAACCAUCUGUUUGAUUGACACCCCAGGGCUGACCAACGCUGCUGAGGUGAAAAAGGAAAUCCAAAGGUCUUGGACUCUGGGUCCUUCUGUACCCAUAGUCUUUCUAUUUUUUGUUGACCUAAUCAAAAAAACUGAGUGGAAACAAUAUCUGGACUGGGUUGAACAGAUUUUUGAUAAGGAAACCUUGAUGCAUGUUAUAGUCCUGUUCUCAAGGAGAGAUCAAUUAACAAAAGACAGUUUUGAUCAACUGCUGAACAAUGAAAAUACUCAGGCCCUGAUAAAAAGAUGUGGUGGAGGAUACCACAGUCUGAAUAGCAAAGCAGAAAUAAACACAUCUCAGGUGACAAAAUUAUUGGAAAAAAUAGAUGGGAUGAAAAAGACAAAUGGGAGACAGGAGAAUGGAUUUCAGGCACCACAUGACAGUAAAGUCAGAAUUGUGUUACUGGGUAAGACUGGGGUUGGGAAGAGUGCUACAGGAAACACCAUCCUGGGGAAAAAGACAUUUAAAGAUGAUGACUCUUGUGAUUGUGUGACCACAACCUGUCAGAAAGAGUGUAGUGAGAUUGCUGGGAGGCAUAUUACACUGGUUGAUACCCCAGGAUUAUUUGGCAAAGAUGAAACAGUAGACAUUGAAAGAGAGAUAGAGACAUGUGUUAAGAUGUCUGUUCCAGGGCCUCAUGUCUUCCUCUUGGUGAUCAGAUUAGGUGUGAGAUUCACAGAGGAAGACAGUAACACAGUGAAAUGGAUCCAGGAGAACUUUGGGAAGAGAGCGACAAAGUUCACCAUGGUGCUGUUCACUCAUGCCGAUCAGUUAAAGGGAAAACCACCGGAGAGCAAGCUAAAUAAAGAGCUCACUGCCCUGAUACAGAACCUUAGGGGCAGAUACCACACCUUUAACAACACAGAGAGGGAUGACCAGACUCAGGUUAUAGAGCUGUUAGAGAAGAUAGAUGCCAUGGUGGAGGAGAACAAUGGAAAGCAUUACACAAACAAGAUGUACCAGGAGGCUCAGGAAAGGAUCAGAGAAGAGGAGGAGAGGAAGAGAUGUGAGAAUGAGAGAAAGGAAAAGGAGUAUGAAGAUUUAAAGAAAGAGGUAGUAGAUGCAAAGAGAAAAGCAAAUGAAGAAAAGGAAAGAGCAGAUGCAGCUGAGAGAAAACUAAACAUAAUAGUAGCAGCAGGAGCAGGAGCAGCAGGAGCAGCAGCAGGAGCAGCAAUAGGAGCAGGAGUAGUAGCAGGAGCAGGAGCAAUAGUAGGAGCAGUAGCAGGGGCAGGAGCAGGAGGAGGAGCAGGGGCAGGAGUAGGAUUAGGAGCAGUAGUAGGAGCAGGAGCAUUAGCAGUAGCAGGGCCAAUAGCAGGGGCAGGAGUAGGAGUAGGAGCAGGAGCAGGAGCAGUAGUAGGAGCAGUAACAGUAGUAGUGAAGGCGAGAGCAGGGGCAGGGGCAGGAGCAGGAGCAGGAGCAGGAGUAGUAGCAGGAGCAGGAGCAAUAGUAGGAGCAGUAGCAGGGGCAGGAGCAGGAGGAGGAGCAGGGGCAGGAGUAGGAGUAGGAGCAGUAGUAGGAGCAGUAGCAGGGCCAAUAGCAGGGGCAGGAGUAGGAGUAGGAGCAGGAGCAGUAGUAGGAGCAGUAACAGUAGUAGUGAAGAAGAGAGCAGGGGCAGGAGCAGAGGCAGGAGCAGAGGCAGGGGUAGGAGCUGAAGCUAUUGGUAGUUCUGAAGUAAAGGUAGAUAUAGAAGCAAUCUAGAAAGAUAAUAAAUAGGGAAAAUAGAGUAUUUACCUCCUGGAAAAACAACUGACAAAACAAUGGAUACUGUUCUUACCAGUAUAACAAUAUCAUCCCGUCAAGUCCAAUAGAUCAACUUUGAGGGAUAGCUUUAACCAUGCAGGAUCAUCCAGACCAAAUGUGGCGAUUUUACUACAUUCUAUUCCUAUCUAUGUACCAGCAUGUACAAUUAUAGCCUCCUACAUGGUUUAGUUCUUGUGAUAUGGGCUUGUGAACUUUGACAUACAGCUGGCUGUACACUAUAUUCCCAAAAGUAUCAGGUCACCUGCCUUGACCCCCACAUGAACUUCAGUUACAUCCUAUUCUUA